GGUUGGCCCUGGAAGAUCACGUGUCUCUGGGCCGGAAGUCGGUGAGUGGCCAUGUCUCAGACGUAAACGGGCAGGCAGCAAGCAGCGAAUGCCUCAGCCAUGGACGCUUGGGUUCGUUUCACGGCGACGAGCCAGGGGCGGGAGCGCAUCUUCAGGGCAGCACAGUACGCCUCCGCGUUACUGGCAUUCUCGCUGCAGAAGGGCGGAAUGAGCCUGGAGCUGGUGAACCGUCUGAGACAGCUGGAGGCUCACCUGAGCCUCGGACGCAAACUGUUCAGGUUGGGGAGUUCAGCAGAGUCACUGGAGGCUGCCAAGAGGGCGAUUCACCUGUCGGACCUGGUGCUGCGUUUCUGUGUCACUGUCAGCCACCUGAACCGGGCCAUGUAUCUGGGCUGUGACAACCUGCUGUGGGCUGGCAAGGUGGGGCUGGCCCCAACGCUGGACCAGGGCAAGUGGAGCCAACGCUCAUUCCGGUACUACCUCUUCGCUCUCAUCUUGAACCUGAGCCGUGAUGUCUAUGAGCUGAGCGUGCUGGCAGAACGAGAGGCGCGAGGCCGCGGGAAGGCAGCCGGGGUGGAAAAGGAAGGUGGGAUAGUAUUGCGAGUGCGGGCCCGGUUGCGGCUGCUCUGCUAUGUCCUGUGGGCUAACCCCCCUCUGCUGCUGGACUUCCUGAAGAAUGGCUGUGACAUCUUCAUCCCCCUGGACCGCCUAGGUUUGUUGAAGACCAACCCAGCGGUGGUGGCUUUCUGCGGCCUCUCUUCUUCUAUCCUCUCUAUCCUCACCAUCUCCCAGCCCUGGCUCAAGCUGAAACCUUAAACCGGAACAAGGAUUCCAAAUCAGCCUGGCCGUGCUCGACAACAGGACACUGGACAAUGGAGGGUUGUCACCUCUCUCAUCACUGGUGUGGGGCUGAGAGAGAAGUUUAUCUCCUCUGUGACCUGCCCCUGCAACAGUCUACAGAAUCUACUUGAACAGUUAUCAUUUCCGGUCUCCAGAGUCUAUUGAAGUGACUUCAGAAUUGUAGCAACUAUAGCCGGUGACUAAAACUGUGGCAAGCACAACCUCAAAAGCUGUCUUGUGUAGUUGGCAGCAAGUGGGAGAUAGUUACACCAGGGGCACAUCACUCCGCAAACUGAAAGCUUCUCUAUCUGUACCCCUAUCUGCUCAUCCCAUUUCCUGAUGGGCAUUUGUAUCAAUGAAGAUAUUUUAGUUGCACAUUUGGUAUUAAUUUCAUAAUUGCCCACAAUCAUUGUCCUCGAUUCAUUUCCGCAGCCAACCUGCCCCCUUAAACCUUCACAUUGAACUUAAUGUAAAAUUCUGUCAAAUUAUUGUCACUUUCAUGGGUAUCCUUUUCCAUGUUUAUUCCCAUCCAAACACCGUUUGAUCUGCUGAGUUCCUCCAGCAUUUUGUCUGUUCAUGAUCUCAUGUUACUGAUAAAUAAUUCCAUUCUUUUUGCAAUGUUUAUUUCAUGUAAAUUGACAUCCACUGCCUUGGAUGAGUUCAGAACUUGGAGAGUUGUGGGUAGAAUGUUGAAACUUGAAGGGAAACUAAAGGAAAUGAAUGGGUACAAGUCCAAUCCUACCCUCCUCAGCUGUGCUUCCAGGGAUCGGCAACCUUUUUGCCUCUGUGGGCCAGAUCACAUAUUAAUGAGCAGACGGUGGGCCAGAUAAAUGCCAUUAAAAACUUGAAACAUGGGAAUUAACUAUUUAAAUACAUCUAGUUAUGUAUUGCCUCAAAUUAAUGAAUAACAUAUGCUAGAAAAUCAUUUAUGGUUAAGUUUGCCAACCCCUGCAGUGGGCCACAUGCUGGAAGUCAUUUUAAAAACGUGUUAUCUGUCAUAUUCUAUCUAUUGUAACUUGUAGGUAAAACCAAUUUAAUAUGUAUGCAGCACACUUUGCUUUUGAGAAUAAAAAUCUUUAUUCAGACUAGA